AUGUUCGAUAUCCUGAGAGAAUACUGCGUCCUAAAAGACGUAGUAAAGAGCUCGGGACUGGGGUUCAUCUGCGUUGAAUGUGAUCUGGGGUUUCGUGACCAGGACGUGCUCUACAAGCAUUUCGAUGCCGAGGAGGACUGUAACAGCGUUCACAAAGGGUUGUCCAAAAGAGAGGGAGAUUUCCCCCUAUUUUUGGAUAGCUAUCGAAUAGCCAUGGGCUGGGAAAUCAUCUCGAAGGAUGAUUUCCCAAUCAAAUUUAAGGAGACGGAACGACGAUCUGGGCGUCGGCCAUUCUACACUUUCUUUGAAAUCGAUUUGAUCCUGGAAAAAAAGGGCCUGUUUAAAUUCAACACUUUGGAGAAGAGUCUUGCGAUUGUGUGGAAAAUUGUCAGGAAUGCCAAGAAGUAUUAUGUUUGUCCUCUCUGUUUGGUUCUCUGCAGUACUAAAAAGGCGUUCUAUUACCAUUGCGACCAACGGAAGGAUGAUGUCCACACGGGUCUCGCGUACAAGGGUCCAAAUUGUGCAAUGUUUCUUCCUUAUUAUUUUACUGCCCUUAACGCAACAAUACCGGAGAAAGAAUUGCCUUUGGGUAGGGGUCGAAAGGGCGCGUACUCCUUCUAUGAGUGCUUCCGACUGGAGUUCGUCUUGAAAUGGAAAUAA